AUGUCGGAAGGAGUAUUUGUUCUGAAAGGAUUCGAUAAUAAUUGCGGUAAAAAUCAAGAUUCCAAUGAUGAUUCGAAUGGAACGAGGCUUGGGAAAUGCUUGUUACCUCCUUAUUUUGAUAAUUUUCAUCAAAAAAUAUUGGAUGCCUCUGUAAGAGAGGACGAUAUAUGGCUAGUAAGUUUUCCGAGAACAGGCUCGACCUGGUGUCAAGAAAUGAUUUGGUUAAUUAGAAAUAAUUUAGAUUUUGAAACCGCUCAAACUACAAUACAGCAACUUAGAGCUCCACUUAUAGAAUCCUCUAUCGUCUUAUUCGAAUACAUUGAUUCAAUCCCUAUUAAGGAUGAUAUGACAAUUCCUAGAUUUUCACGAAUGAAUUUACCUUUGGACCUUUUGCCAAGCCCAUUGCAAAAAGAAAAGUCCAAGUUAGCCAGUUUGUUCACCGAUUCUGUCAGCUUUGUUGAGGACUUACCUUCACCGCGGUGCGUAAAGAGUCAUUUACCUCUUGAACUUUUACCUGAAGAAAUACUAAAAAAGAAACCAAAAAUGAUUUACACAAUGAGAAACCCAAAAGACUUAUGCAUCUCAUAUUACUUCCACUGCCAAAUGAUUCAUAAAAUAUACGUAGAAUUUGAUAUUUUCUGCGAUUGGUUCCUGAACGGUCUUCUUCCUAUUGGUUCUAUUUUCGAUCAUUAUUUUAGUUUUUGGAACAAGCGUGACGACUUAAAUAUUUUGAUAAUAAACUAUGAAGACAUGAAAAUUGAUACCAAAGAAACCGUAAAAAGGAUUGCUAGUUUCAUGGAGAGAAGUUUGUCUGACGAAGAUGUCGAUAAUAUUUGUGAAUUUUUAAGUUUUCAAAAUAUGAGAGAUAAUAAAGCUUGCAAUUUACAGAUUCUAGUUGACAACAGACAAGGGAAUGAUUUUUACAACAAAUCUGGCAUACAUUUCAUUAGAAAGGGCAUAGUUGGCGAUUAUAUAAACUACAUGUCCCCUGAAAUGAUAGAAAAGUUUGACAAAUGGAUAGAAAAAAACACCAGAGGCACAGAUCUUAAAUUUUAG